AUGGACCAGACUCAGAGGACUUCCAGCCUCUCCAAGUUCCGCUCGGGAAAGGCAUCGGUGUUGUUGGUGACUGAUGUGGCCGCUAGAGGCAUCGAUAUCCCCCAGUUGGACUACGUUAUCAACUACGACUUCCCAUCAAGCUCCAAGCUCUUUGUGCACAGAUGCGGAAGAACUGCCCGAGCUGGUGCCAAGGGCUUGUGCGCCUCCCUGGUCACUCACGAUGACAUGCCCUAUGCUGUUGAGCUUAUGCUCUUCCUAGGUAUGCCUUCCCAGUUCCUGGGUCGGAAGCUCGGUCUGCAGCCUCUAGGUAGCGAUCAUCCAUUCCCUGCUGAAGGGGAGGUGGGAGGUGAUGGAGUUGAUGAAAAGAGGCUCUGUGUCAUUGGUGGCAUCCCCAGUGUACAGGAGGAGGUCGAGACAGUUCGCAGACUCGUAUCAGGAGAUGCUGAACUGGCUUCUUUGCAGAGGUCGAUGAUGAGUGCUUAUCACUUGUACUAUAAGACCCGUCCAGCAGCAUCGAACCAGAGUGUAAGGCGGGCGAAGCUGAUACUCAGAGCUGAGGCGGGAGGACCUCAGAGGCUCUUGGAUACGCCACACCCAGCUUUCAGAACAGCGGCUGACCUUGGUAACUCAAGCGAGAAUAGUGUAUGGGGCAUGAUGGUCUCGGCCAGGUUCCCAGAGUGUUGA